AUGGAUGAUGAGGGAUUCGAAUCUGCUUUUAUUGAAACCUUAAUAACUUAAUAAGAUAAGUAACCUACAUUCAUAAUCACAUCUCUUCCCACUCCCAAUCCCAUUGUAUACUAAGCAGACAAUCGAGGAGUGACAAAUGACAUAAAAGAUAUCGAAAAAUCAUAUAAGUGCAUUUAUAAGAAAUAAUAUGGAUCAAAAGUGAGUAAUCAUCAUUUUAAAUAAUUAAAUCUCAAAGAUAUACAAACCCCUACCAUCACUUAAACCCAACAGUUACCAUUAUUUGAUUCCAAUUUCACAUCUGCAAAUUUGGCAGCAGUUUAUCAAGUGGAUAAAUUCGAAUAUGAUUUACUUCUCCAAGAAGACAUCAACGCUACCAGCUAUUCCUAAUGGUUUUACUUUAGAGUAACCAAUCCCAACGAGUACAAAUGCAGAAUAAACAUCAUUAAUAUGGUAACUUAUAAUAUUAAACAAUAGAGCAAAUAUUAUUUGCAGUUCCAAAAUGGUUUCGGAGUGUACAUCAAGUACGAUUCUCAUUGGGAAAUAUUAAAGUCUCAAGUAUUAAUCUAAUAAUCCUAAUAUGUCAAAUCCAAUUUCUGCAAAACCACCUCGACUAAAUUAUACACUCUCUCCUUUUGGAUAAAUAAAUCCUCGAAGUCCUUUGAAAUAGCCCUUGGAAUCCCUUAUACUCAUCUUGAUCUAGAUAAAUACUUACUUAAGUUUUAAUCAGAAAUCCUAGCCACUACUAUAACAGGAUUGCCUGUAAGAAUGGUUCAAUUCGGAUCCAAAAGAAGUGAUGUUAUUUUAGUGAUUGCUCGUUAACAUCCUGGAGAAACUGUAUCCUCUCAUGUUUGUUAAGGUUUUCUUGAAGCACUUUCAAAUGACAAAACACUCCAAUUGUUUUAUAAUAUCAUUGUUAUUCCUAUGGUCAAUCCAGAUGGAGUCAAAUAGGGUAAUUUUAGAUGCGAUUUAAGUGGGAAGGAUUUGAAUAGAGUCUGGCAAAAUCCUAGAUUAAAAUACCAUCAAUAAAUAAUUUAGAUCAGAAAUCUAAUCGACAAAAUAUUGGGUGAAGGGAGGGACAUCAAAACAUUUAUUGAUUUGCAUGGUCAUUCCAGAAAACUUGGAACUUUUAUGUAUGCAUGUAGGAACUCUGAUGAUCCUAUUGAGUGCAGAAUUCUUCCCAAGAUCAUGGCAGAGAAUUCUAAAUAUUUCGAUUUUAAUUCAUGUACUUUUAAUCUGAAAUCCUAUAAAUUAAAAACAGCAAGAGCUUUUGUGUAUAAUUAAAUGUAAAAGCAUAAUCCUAACUGUUUUCAUAAUAUUGUCACGCUUGAAACAUCAUUUUUCGGUUAUAAAUAUGAUAACAAAUUAAUCUAAUAUUCUCAAAAUGAUUUAUUAUAAAUUGGUAUGGAUUUGCAUUAAUCAUUAAAAAUCUAUCAUAUGUAAUUGGAAGAAAAAACAAGGAUACUAUAAGAUCUUGAAUUGAAUAAAUAGUACUAUUAAAAAAUGGAUGAAAAUUAAGUCUCGGAUGAUAGUGACUCAGAACCUGAAAUUGGAAUUGUUCCUGAUGAAAAUAUUCAAUAAUAAACCAUUCUAGUUAAGAAAUCUACUAAAUUGCUUGGUGAUAUCCCUAAGACAAGUGCAUUGAAAAAAAGAACAUUAAAGAAAACAGCAACUAAUCCCUCUUUAGUUGGAUAAAGUGAUAAGAAUCAAAGAUUUAAUAAAUUAACAAGGGAUAGUAAAUCUUAAAAGGAUAUAAAUCAAACUCUCUAAAUAUAAUAAACGAUAUCCCCAAAUAUUCAUAACUUUUAUAAAAUCAACAGAAAUCUUUCAUCUCAUAAUACAGAUCAUGUUCACAUGCAUUCAAACAGUGGUGACCCAUAUGAAAGUGUCCAAUCUUGUAGAUUAUUAAGAUAAAGCACAACAAGAACACCUUAAGAGUUCAAACUUAAAUCAGAAUAAAGAGGAUAAUUUCAUAGUCCUAAUGAUAAACUCAUAGUUUUCGAAUAAAAUUUGAAAAUAAAAAGAAAGAACACAUAAAAAAUUAAAUUAUUUUGA